AUGAUACAUCAACACAGGGAGAGCGGCGACACGAUCCUGCUGGACAUCUACCGGCCGAGCUCGCCGGGGUCGGAGACGGACAGCGCGUCCAGCUCACGCAGGUCCAGCGUGAUAAGCUACGAGAGUCGCCCGGGCAGUGGAGCCGGCGGUCCGUCCCUGGCGGCGAACAGAGGAAGGCGGUACUCGGAGGCAGACGCCAGCCUCCGAGGCUUCACCGGCUCAGAGAAGAGCGUUGUUACUCCGCGGCGUGAGAAAGAUAUUCAAGAAAAUGAGAAAAGGCGAGAUCAGCAAAACAGCAAGUCUGACAAAAAGGAAGUUGGAAAAGAUCCCGAUGAGACAGUUCCCCGACAUUUAUCUGACGCGGACAUGUCCCGGCGCAUCUCCGACGGUUCGGAGUCGACCCUGUCUCCUCUGGAAGAGGACGAGGAACCAGCAGGCGGUGCCGGCCCGCCCCGGCGCCUCAGCUACCCGCCGACCCGUGCGUCCCAGCAGAACAGACGGGACGACCGCUGCCUCUCCGUGCCGAAAAUCCUGCUGCACCGUCCAGACGGCAGCGGCGUUAGUUGUAUCGGCAAGGGCGGCGCCAACGACUCCGGCAGUGACACCGAUGUCGGUACGACCGCAGUGGAAGAGAUGGAGAGCGAUACCGAUCAGAGCUCGUCAGAAAUGGCUCAACAAAAGAAAGACGUUACUGAGCCGGCAUCGGAAUGUCAACAGAAAUCGGACCAGCCAGCUGGUGGAGGAGAGCCUCUGAGAAAAGUAGCCACAGACCUCGCUCAAAAGGUAAUCCAUGAAGCACUCGAGUCGCACGCAAGCUCGUCUGGUACCGUAGAUGACAACUGCAACCGCCCAAAGAACGACAAAACCACUUCAAAGGAGACUGAACAAAAUGCCAAUCAGGCUACAAGUCAAAAGCAACGUUCACAAGCGGAGACUGAAAAACGCAACAGCAUCGUCCAGAACACCAAAUCUCCUUCACGGAGGGGGUCACAGCAGAUGGUUGACCCGCCCGAGGCCGAGCUGGAGUAUUACAGGGUCUCACCACGUCCAGACACCCCUAUCAACGAGGUGGCGCUGAGGAGGUACGGUGCCAGCUGCCGGCCGCGCCAGCAGGUGGUGGUCUCUGCCAGGGGACCCGGAGGACCCCCAGAGCCGUGCGGCCGGCUGGUGGCGCAGAGGAGGGCCAAGUUUGAGUUCCCGCAGGACCGCGAGCAGGGCGGCACGGGGACACACCCGGAGCAGGCCGGCACGAGAUCAGAGCGGGGGUCGAUUACAGGUUCCGCCGUCAGCUCGCCGGGAAAGCCUGAGAAUGAGCGUCACCAGUCGUUUCCUGUCGGCAUGGACCGUGGCACGGGAGCUGACCCAAAGUCGGGUUCAGAUGUCAAGCCGACAAACAAGCCAAUCGAACGACAAUCAGCGGAGCAGCGUCAACAGGGCGUCAGCGAGCGACAGAGGACGGUGAGCGGCGGACGCCUCCCAGACAGGAAGACGACCGGGCGCGGGGAGCCAGUCUCCGCAGAGUCGGGAUCCACCGAGACCAGCGACGAAGAGGACGAGAGCGAUGACAACGAGCUUCACCACUGGGUCGUGCAGGAUACCACAUCCCCGGGCGGUGGGGGCGCACCCCUGCCUCAGCAUCCGCGCGGGGCGGCCUCCCCGGCAGACGGUCCAUCAAAACACAGACACAGCGGAGGUACUUCACCGUCUGGUAUUUCAAAGGACACCAAAGUGUCGAGCUCCGGGCAUUCUUCAGGAUCAAAAGGAAAAUCGGAAACUGGGAUUGGAUCGUCGAUCACAAAACCCUUCCGAAAGAAGGACACAACGAACUCUUCAAAACCAACAGAGCCGCCGGCGCCGAAGGAGGACCUGUUCAUCACACCCCCGCCCCCCGCCGACUCGUCUUCCCGAGAGGCCAGCGACGACGAGGCGUCCACACCGUUCCAGAGAUCCGACCCGGCGGUGGGGCGCGAUUCGCUGACCCGCCGCCUGGCUCGGCCCGUCAGCGAGGGGGCGGUGGAGCGCGCUCCGGCCCGCACUCCCACACCCGAGUCGUGGCUGGCUGCGCCCGCCGGCGACCCGCCGCAGAACACCGGUGCGCCGGCGGCUCCGGCGGCUCCUGGAGCUCCCGGGGCCAAGAAGCGGCGGGCGCCGGUGCCACCGCAGCAGGCCCCUCCUCCGCCGCCGGUGGCACUGGUGCGUCCUCGGCACAGCACCGGCGGGUGGACGGCAGAACAGAUGAAGGCUUACAUGGAGGCGAGCGACCCUAACGAGGCACGCCGGCUCGGUCUGGCCGACUGGGACGAGCCACCCGGCGCAGGAGGGGCCGACCCGACCGGCCGUCGAGUGUCCACGGUCUCAGCCCAAUCAAUGCCCACUGGAAACAACAAAAAGUCGAGGAAUAUUGCAAAGGCCACCAAGAAGGCCCUGGGUGGCAUGUUUUCACACUUUCAACCGAAGUCUCCCGAUAAGGAAGAAUGUGCGAAGUCAGAUUCAUCCAGCAGGAGAAGCAGCCUGAGCCCGCGAGGAGGCCUGCUCGGACCGCUCUGCCGCCGCCGCAGCGAGACGCCCAAGAUCACGAAACAACAGCAGCAACAACUACAGCAACAGCAGCAGCAGGCGCGCCUCUGGGCCAGCUCACUCGCCACCCUGCUCAGCUCCAAACAGGGUCUCUCGCUGUUCCGGAGUUUUCUGGUACAAGAGUUCUCUGAGGAGAACCUCGACUUCUGGCUGGCCGUUGAGGAGUACAAGCAGGCCAAACAUCUGAACCUGACUGCCUCGGCGCACCAGAUCUAUGAUGAAUUCGUCGCGCCAACCGCCCCCAGACAGGUGAACGUGGACUCGAAGACUCGCACCGCCGUCAAGGAAGGUCUCUCCAGUCCGACCACCGAGUUGUUCGACCGGGCGCAGCGGCGGGUCCAGAUCCUGAUGGAGAACGACACGUACGGCAGGUUCCUGCUCUCGGCUCCCUACCUGGCGCUGGUGGACGGCAAGGAGCUCCCCCAGGGUGUCAGAAGUUGAGCGGCGCCGCCACAGACAAACUGUCGGUGAUUGACAUGGCCGGAGAUCGGCGGUGUGGGACUGCGCCCAGUAACGACCACUCUGUGAUCACGAGGCCCACACCGAUCCGGCGGUCGGCGGCUGUUGCCAGGCCCGGCACGGAGAGAACAGCGGCCUUGGGGCUCCGUGGCUGAGCGGGAUAUGGCCCGGCGCCGAAUGCAGAGCCAACCCUGCACAGGCGCCUCCGGAAACGGGGCACCAGGGAAAUGAGGCAGCCGGUCGAGAUGAAAAAUGGCUGCGCAUUUCAUCCCCGGUGAAAACAUUCCGGUCAUCCUGGAUCAGGUGGCAGGGCCGGACUUUGCAACGGAUGGUGUUCCGACACGAAGUCGGACGGCGCUUGCUCGCAAGUGGCUGAGCACGCCCUCGUUUACUCUUACUUGAUCGGUGUGUCCGUAUUAUCGGUCGCCCAAGAUGGCAACAGUGACAGCUAUUUGGAUCAUCGAAUGGGUCAUUUGUCUGGGCACCUGCGUUUUUGAUAAGUGCUGUUAUUCAGUUACCCAUCAUUUGACUAAUAUCUAUCAUUGUAACUUAUGAGUGGCUCGGCCUCGUUCAGUGUCAUUAUGCCCUAAAACUUGGUUCAACCAAACAGUUGUACUUGGUUUAACUAAGUUUCUAGUCACUGCAUCUCAGGUAUUUGUUUCAAAGGCAAUUUUCAUCUUUGUCAUUCAUCAUCACCAUCGUCAUCUUCAUCAUGAGUUGCCCGAAAGGGACAUUUUGUAUUUAUCAAUGUCUACUAUGUUUAUCUUGCGCCCAACUAAAUGAAUUAAGCACCGCAAAAUUCAACAAAGAAAAUGUCAUGGAAAUGGCAAAGACGGCUGGCGAUAGCUUUUUGUCAGCUUUGUUGACUGUCGAUUGUGUUGAUUUUAGUUAUCACGUCGGAACGGGUGCGUUGACUUGAGCAGUGUUGUCUGCCUUGCGGUUAUCAGAUCUCCUGAAGUUAUAAGACAUGUCGUGCAUAACGACUUACGCGUGUUGUUUGUAACUGGCGAACAAAUACUGCGUCACCUCGCCUGCCUACGUGAGCAAACAGCCCCUCAGAGUCUGUGGGUGGCUGCUCAAUGCUCACCAUAUGAUUGUAUUCGACAUGCGUGUACUUAUUAUAGGUAGUCUUGCCUGUACCUGUGACAAUAUAUAUGAAUAUGUGAU